AUUUUACAGCGUUCUUGGGAAACGAGAUUUUGGGCUUGUCCGUUUGUAUUUACUUACGUAUAUAUUCAUUAAUUUAUUCAUCCUAAAUCACUCAUUCCCUGCUUGCCGUUUAUUGCGUCUGUCACCUCCACCAUGUGCCGAUAUGAUUUUGUUAAAGAGAAUACAACGUCUUUGAAUAACAAUCAGUGCACGUAAACAGCUAAAUGUUAAGAAAAUCGUGGCAAUGCACAGUAUUAGACGUUUAUGGUACUGACAUUCAGGGACAUCUCUGGGUUUUCUGGACUUGAGGGUAAACCACCUCCGGGAGAUGUUUGGGAUGAAAAAUAAAACAAAGGCAAAUGUAACCGCAGUGAUAAAAACACACAAAAAACUAGUUUAAGAAAACAACAGUAAAUCCCCAAAACACAUUUAAAAAUGACUCAAUACACGAGGACAUUUCCAACCAGAAUUCAUCGGUGUUGGUUGGAAGGUAGAUUCGGGUACUGGGGGGAUUUGGACUUAUAGCAAAAUGGAUAAGAAGGACAGUCCUCCCUUGAGUCCAGUGAUCAGUCAUUCUGAUGUGUGGCACAGUACACGUUUUGUGUUUUUGCUUAGUUAUUUGUUGUUUUUUUUGUCUUCAUUUCCAUUUGCUUUUCUUUUAUUUUGUUAUUAUUUUGUUUGUCUUAUGUAGUUGUGAUCAUUGGCACUCUGAGCUCUGAUUUUGUCAACAAAUGAAGGAGUGGCAGAUAUGAACGUCUGCAUUCUUCUGUCUUCCCGGACCUAGUCCGACUUGUAGUGUUAAAACAAUGUCCAACUCGUACAAGAGUUUGAUGUUGAUCAACCAGUUCAACGGCAAAAACAAGGGACGCUGCACACCAUAAAGGAGUUUCUCUCAUUAGUUGCAUACUCGGGCUCUGCAAUAUUGGUAAAAAAUAUAUGCGAUAUAUUUUGUUAUGUUAAAAAUGAUUGCAGAUUAGAAGUUUAAUUAACCUGCUCUCGGGAGAUGGAUGGGUAGAUGUAGAUGACACACAGAGAACACGACGUGUGCACCGAUGGAAAUGUUCACAAGCAGACCACGAUAUCUGUGAGGGAAUUUGGACUGUGGCAGCAUGGCAAAGACUCCGUGGCCCAAUGGUACAAAGUGUGUGGCAAGAGUCAGCUUUAAAGGCUCAUUGGAGCACCACCUCCCCUUUCAUGAAGGAGAUCUAUUAACUAUUGUUGCGACAACACAGGAUCCAGAGUGGUGUAAAGCUAAAAAUGAAGCAGGUCGUGAAGGAAGAGUUCCCACCAGCCACAUUCAGAAAUGCCGUCGGAACGUUGCACCUGUGGAAAAUCCCAACGAGCUCAAUCUUAUGCCAUGGUUUCAUGGCAAAAUGACACGGCAUCAGGCUGAGGACUUGCUCUCCCCACCGGAGAAGGGCCUAUUCUUGGUGAGAGAGAGCACCAACUAUCCAGGGGACUACACACUGUGUUUGAGCACCGACGACAGAGUGGUGCACUACCACAUUAAAUACGGCAACGGCAAGCUUUCCAUCGAUGAGGAAGUCUACUUUAGCAACCUCAUCCAGCUGGUUGAGCACUACAAAAGCAGUUCAGAUGGGCUGUGCACUUGUCUCAUCAAUCCAAAAUUGGAAGGGAAAACUGUAGCUGUCCAAAAUGAACUUUUGAGAGGUGGUUGGGUGAUGAACAGAAAGGAACUGAAGUUCCUGAAGACCAUUGGAAGAGGCGAGUUCGGAGAAGUCAAGUUGGCUGAGUACGAAAAGAAGCAAGUCGCUGUGAAGAUCUUCAAAAAUAAUCCCACAGCGCAGGCCUUUAUUGCAGAGGCCUCUGUCAUGAUGAAAUUAAGUCACACUAACUUGGUGAAGCUGCUUGGAGUGAUUACAGAGGAGGACGGCGGUUUGCUCAUUAUUACUGAAUAUAUGAGAAAGGGUACCUUGGUGGAUUACCUGCGUUCUAGAGAACGGCCGGUCCUCACUAGUGUUACGCUUAUCAAUUUUGCACUAGACGUCUGUGAGGCCAUGGUGUAUUUGGAGUCUAAUAACUUUGUGCACCGAGCCCUUGCAGCGCGUAACGUUCUCCUAUCAGAGGAGCUCAUCGCUAAAAUCACUGACUUUGGUUUGACCAAGAAGGUGUCUUCUCUUGAGCAUACCAAGCUACUGCCAGUCAAAUGGACAUCACCGGAAGCUCUCAAAGAAAAGAAAUUCUCCACCAAAUCAGAUGUUUGGAGUUUUGGUAUUUUGCUUUGGGAGAUUUACUCGUUUGGUCAAAUGCCAUACCCGAAAAUUGAAUCAAAAAAUGUGGGGCCUCUUUUGGAGAAGGGAUACCGGAUGCCUUCUCCGGACGGGUGUCCCGAAGUAAUUUACGAAAUCAUGAAUGACGGAUGCUGGCACUCGGAACCUGAAUCUCGACCAACAUUUAAAUUGUUGAAAGAGAGGCUGCAGGGCUCGAAACUAACGAUUGCCCGAUUGCCCGGGGCAAGUAGCGAUGGCAGACGGGCAAGUAGAAUUUUUUCCUCACUUGCCCGAACUUGCCCUGCCAUAAUAACAUGUUUUCAAGCUGUAAAAAGACGAUUUUGUGCAUAAUUUCUCGCAACAUCUGCCGCUUCUGGUCCGACAUUUUGUUUUCUAGGGAGCGGUUAGUUUCUCAUGUAAGUCUGCAAUACAUUGAUAACGGCAAAGCGCUUCGUAAUUAAAUGCAUGCUCUCUCACCCGUCCCUGGCUCUUCUGCGCCUGCGCACCAGCAGAGCUUGUUUCCGGUUGGCGGAUACGAAGGCAUAUGAAGGCAAAACUUAUAGUGUUGUCUUUUUUAUUGCAAAAAUGUGUCGGGCAAGUAAAAAUCCACUCCAAAAAAAUUCGGGCAAGUAAAAUUUUGUUUCGGGCAAGUAAAAUUUUCUCUAACUUGCCCGAGGGCAACUUGGGCAAAAAAUAAGCUUCGAGCCCUGGGCUGUUGGGUGUAAAAACAGAUCUCCGACAAAUUAGCACACAGCUCUGAUGAGACACUGCGUCUUCAACUUUCAUCUUGGAUUGUGGGAGGAGGAAACCUCAGUGGAUUCAUUAUUUGACCGUUUUCAUUUUAUACCAGUAGAGAUGUGUCUCUUACAGUAUAUUUUUUAACCUUGUUUAUUUUCUAAUUUGAGAAAGUUUCAUCACACUCCAUUGUGUGUUGAAUCUGAAUGCAUCAAACAAAUGAGGACUAAGUGACUUGUUGCUCAUGCAUCGUUCAAUACAUGAUAUUGAAACACAGCAAAGCCUUUAACAAUGAAUGUGAACCUGAUGUAGAGAUUUUCUGGGUCCGGGGUACCACGUAGAUGUUGAAGUUGCUGUGAGGGGGCAAAAAAAACCCCCACUGUGAGUCAAGUUUGUUUCAUUAUGUUUAGGGAGAAGCAUUUUUGAUUUGCUAGAUUACUUUGUUUUGAAGUAGAUAUUGGCAAGAAUGUCAGAAUGAAGAUGAUGAUACAUAUACAUACAUACAUUAUACAUAUAUUUAUACUUCUCAUUUCUGUAAUCUACACAGCGCAACAAAUUUUACAUGGGCUCACAUACAGUAUAUACCAUAUUGGUCCGAAUAUAAGACGACCCUGAUUAUAAGACGACCCCCUCUUUUUCAAGACUCAAGUUUGAAAAAAGCCUUUGUCUAGACCUUGAAUGUAAGACGACCGCUCCCCCUUUUUAAAUUUUAUUUCAAUGAAAAAUACCUCCUCUUAUAUUCGGGCCAAUAACCGUUUGCUAAAUGUUCUUUAUAAAGUGUUUUGUAACUAUUUUGUAGCAGCAACCUUCUGACAUAAUUGUAACAAGAUAUUUUUUCAAGCUGUGUUACAUGUGUGAAGUCGCAACAAGUAAUUAUUACAUCCGGAGAAAGGAAGAAUUGAAAAAUCCCCGAAUUAAUAUGACAUUCCUGCACGAGUGGAUGGAAAAUCAAUGUGAAGAUGCAUUGUCGUUUUGUAAUCUUAUUGGUGGUGUAAAAUGAACAGGUGUGUGCAUUUUAAAGCUGACAACAGUUUUAUUGUAUAAAGUUUUUAGAAGUUUUAAUAAAAUACAAAAACAGUAAA